AUGAAUACCAUUCAGCAUCACGCUCAUUCUUCUUCCUUUCAUGAACAAGACCAAGAAUACCAAGAAGGAGGAGGAGAAGCAUUCAAACCAAGACAUUCCUUCUCUUCUUCCGAUCGUUCUUCAUCAUCGUCGACUUCAUUGUCAUGUCUCUCUCCGAUCAGUUCUUCCAUCUUGACCACUACCACUCCGAAUGCAUCUUCAUCAAUAACAACAACAACACAUGAACCACAACAACAAACCAAUGUUGAAACUCCCAUGUUUACACCUAUGGGUGGAUCUCUUCCAGGAUCGACGUUGAAUUCUCAUCCACAACCACAACAACAACAACAAUAUUCGAAUUUAAAUAAUUCUUCUCCAGCAAUAAUGUCAACAACGAUAGCAGUAAUGUCCAAUCGUGACCAUGAAAUCAAAUCUGUUCAUUCGAAUCAAAUUCCGAAUAAUUCAAAUACCUUAAUGAAUUCCACAACAAGUGCUUCGUCGAACGUGCAACAUGUCUCGACAGGUUCAAUGACAAGUCAUUCGAAUCGACCUCGUUCCAAUAGUCGAGUGAGUGGUGGAAAUAGUACGAACGAGAAAAUGGUGGUGUCAGCAUCAGGUUUGCCCUUGAAACGUCACUCGUCAUCCACGACAACACCUUCUCCUCAAUUACCAAAUACUAACACAACUUCUGUCACAACGACCACACCAGGAAAUUCUGCAUCGUUUCACACUCCCUUAAGGAGAAAUUCAACAAAAGGACAUUCAGGAAGCAGUUCAAUGGCCAUAACGAAAGCAUCUCAUGAUUAUCGACAAUUUCUAAGACAGACCAUAAAAUUGAAGGAAGCUAAUGAAAUUAGAGUGAGAGGAAUUUCGUUAAAAUAUGAAAUUAAUUAUCAUCCGUUUCUUGAUGAUGCUAUUGGAAAUAAGGCAUUUGUAGCAGAAAUGACACAAUUGAACAAAUUCCUCAAAAUGCAUCAACCCAAUACGAAUUAUUGCUGUCUGGGUUUCACAUUCUUUUGUUGUACCUUUGGCCUCUCCUUACUUCCAUUCUUUUAUCAACUUUCCAGUUUCGAAUCCGAUGUUCAUUCUUACUUGAGAGCUCUCAAUAAGAAGUAUGAAUCGAAAGGAUUGAAAUGGGAAUUACAUCCAGCUCAUUUACCAACCGAUGAUACUUUUAUUACAGUAUCACUAGAAAAAGAAUUAGAUUCCAAUGUCAUUAUUGACGAAUCACUGUUAAUAUCUCCACACGAAUCCACUCACAAUAAUAGUUUCAACUCGAGUAAUGGUAAAUUGAAUUCAUCCACUACUGUUUCAGAUGCACACCUUCUGAUUCAAUCCAAAUAA